CUCUCCUCAUCCGCGAGUAUUUAAUUGUUGUUCGCUUUGUUACAAGAUUAGAGAACAAAUUAAGUAGAUAUAGGCGCUUUGGGGCUACAAGACGAGGAGGCGAACAGAACAGGAAGAUCGUGGAGCCAGACGAUAAGCUCACUCUAAUUGCGGGUGAUAGUGUUGUUGGAGGGCCAUUGCAGAGUGAUUCAGGCGAAAAGUUACUUUUUUGUGAUUUCGUGAUUUCUAGAGUCUAGAAUCCGCUUUGAGGUUCAGCGUGCGAAUCGUGUGUUGAGUGAGGAGUCAGUAGACCGAAAAUCAAUAACGGGUGAACGUAAUUGACCUGAAACGGAAAAAAUGCACACACGCCGGUAUCUUUCUAUAAUUUCGCUUACUAAGGUCCUUUAGAAUUUCUCUCGGAUAAAGAGACCUUCUAGGGCUUCCGUGCGAUAGUCAAAGCGCUGUUCGAAUUCCAAACCCCAAGCACAGGAAGGCCUUGGAGCGGGCGAUAAGAACAUUCUAAUUGUGGGUGAUAGUGCUAUAAUAUAACAAUGAGAUUAAAAUAGUAUUUUGCCUAAGUUUUCGAGUGCUAACGUUUCCAGUGCUAUUUACAAUUCAUAAAGUGUGGCUUGUGAAAUAUUAAUUGGCCUCAUUGGAGUAUUAACCAAUAUUCAGUUGAUUAAGAUGAAAGUUUUAAAUUGGCCAUGGAUUAUUGUACCGCUUGCGUUGGCGGCCGAUGCUGUAUCGGGUUGGAUGUAUUCCCUCUCGUCCGUGAACACAUUCGAGACAACUGAAUUAUGCCCUAAAGUAAAAGCAAUGCGGAAUUUCGAGUUGAAUUCCAUGAUGGGUAGUUGGUAUGUGGUCCAAUACUAUGCCUCGUCGGAAGAACUACCGGAAUAUGCGUGUAUGCGUAGCUUAUUCGAUAUGUCGGAAGCAGAUCAGCAUGUCACAAUGAAUUUUACUUAUAUAUACGCCGAAGACCCACUUAGGGAGGAGCUCCGUGGCAAUAUAACUUGGAUAAUUCCUAAUUAUAAUACGCCAGCACACUGGAUUCAUACAGAGGAUAUUUAUGAAGGUGUUUAUAAUACCUACGUAAUCGAUACUGACUACAAAUCGUGGAGUCUUUUGAUGCAUUGUGCAGAGAAAUCGAAAUCACCUCGAUAUUUAUCAGCACUGCUGUUAUCCAGAGAACCAACUUUAGCCACUAAUGUGAUUAACUUCCUGAGAGAAAAAUUGCCACGUUAUGGGAUUGACUUGUCAUUUAUGUUCACUAUAAAUCAAACUGAUUGUGACGAAGUGGAGGAUACCUCGAUGAAUCCUCUCAUACCAAACAUUCCCGGUUUAAAGCGUAAACUUCGUUUGCCAGUUCAGGUAUUUCAUCAGCCAUAAAAGACUUGUCUGGCCAUUAGUUCCAAAUAUAUGCAUUGCUUGUACUUAUGACUCUUUGAAAGUCCCUUCUUGGCUUUCAUAUCUUUAUAUUUGUUAUUUGUUAUCAUAGAAUAAUCGUUUAAGAGAUACAAAAUGAAGAACUGUAUAAAAGAAUUUGUAUAGAAAAAAUUGUAAAUAGUUACUGAAAUAUACUAUCUUAAUAAAAAAUUCCUGGAAUUUA